ACUUUCAGACAUAACUGUGGUUUGAUAAUUAUAGAGAUAUUAUCCUGGGAGUGUGGUGUUAAUGUUCAAAAUAUUCUACAUGAAAAAUGAAAAUACUUAAAAUUUAAAACCCAUGAAUGCUAUUAUUACUUCAGGUUACACCAUAGUUACACUCCAAAUAGUAUAUAAGGAAGUUUACUAUAACGCAAUUUAAAACGCUUUUAAUUUGAUACAUAUUUUUAUUUUGUUUAUUACGAUGGAUAUAAUUCAAGAAGGCGAUUGCGCAGUGUGUAUGUUAAAGUACAAUCAUCCAGCAAAGCUUCCCUGUGAUCAUAUUUUUUGUUUUCUCUGCAUCAAGGGUGUAUUUUUAAGAAGUCAUACAUGUCCAAUGUGUCGUACACCAAUACCUGAGGACUAUCUAGAUAAUCCACAGCUGUUAAAAGAAAUACUGGAUGAAAAAACUGAAAUUGAUGAAUGUGAUAAAUUUUGGUGGUAUUAUGAGGGUCAAGAUGGGUGGUGGAGUUAUGAUGAAAGAAGUAAUGAAGAUAUUGAAUCAGAUUUCAAUGAUGGAAAAAGUGAGUGUAAAUUAUUAGUUGCGGGUGCAGUUUACUGUGUAGACUUUACCCAGAUGAUACAAUACAGACAAAGCGAUCCACGCAGAAAAAGGAAAGUGAAGAGGGAUACCCACACUCAUCCAUCUAAAGGAAUAGCAGGAAUUUUAAAAGUUUGCCCUAAGCAGGAUGAUUUGAGUGCUGAGAAUAUUAAUGCUACCAUUCUGGAUGAUGAUAUUGAUACCAUUCAAAAUAUUCAUGAAAAUGAAGACGACAUUGAUAAUAUGUCUCAAAUUUUAAGAUCUAUGUCAAUUCAGGAACCAGAACUGUCAUCUGGUAGUUCUAAUACAGAAGAAACAUGAAAUUAUGAAGAUAUAAACUGAGUUUUUUUAGUCAAUUUCAGCCUUCAUUAGUUAUUAUUAGUUGGUUAAAGAAAUUAGGGGAACAAAAAAUUGUUCUAAGUAUCAUUUGAUUUGUUUAUACACUGUACUUGCAAGUAGUUUUAUCAAAUAAUCAUGUUAUCGGAAAUAAAGUACUUAUUAUUUUUUAUUAAUAUAAAUUUUAGGCAACUAUUUUGCAAGAUUGAAGUGAGUUAAGUGAUGGUGCCGCCUAUACAUACACUUGACAAAAUCUUGCUAGGCUUUAAGUGACUGGCUUGGAUAUACCUGCUGGUGCGUCACAGUAUUGAGUAGAGAAGUGUAAUAACAAAUAUCACGGUGAUAUGAGUGGGAUUACUCUGCCUUAAUGUCUUAAUCUAGAAUUCAGCAGUAGGCAUUAAUCCCAAAGAGUCCAUAAUAAAUGUGGUAGAAGAUUGUUAUCUCCACAUAUAAACUAAUAAAAUAUAGAGUAAAGAUUUAUAUUUCUAUAAUGUAUAAAUUCAAAAACUACUGGAUCAGUUUGAAAAAUCUUUAUCAUUAGAAUGCUGCAUUGUCCCAGAGUAACAGUCUAUAUUUAUUUUAAAAACAUUAAAAAUCAAUAAUUGUUUAGCCAUGCAAAGUCAGUCUGGAAGCCAUUUAUGGACAUGUAAUAAUUUAAUAGUUUUGAUAAUUCUAUUUUUAUACAUAUUUCUAUUUGGGUGUUUUUAAAUUUAGUUAAAUUUAAAGUGCUUAAUUAUAUAAAAAAGACUAAAACUAGAAAAUAUGAUAAUAUAUUGUUAGUUUUAAUUAUUAAAAUUUACAGAAAUGUAUUUUUUUACCUUUUACCAUAAUUUAUUAAUGAUUCACCUAAAAUUUUACUUUGAAUAAAACCUUCAUGUUAUAGAAUCAGAAAUGAUAAAAUUAAACUACAACAUCUAUUUUAAACUAUAUUAUACAACUAAAGAUAUAUUGUUAAAUAUUUAUGGUUUAUUACCAUGGUCUGAUUUUACUUUGACUUGCAUGUGUUAAUAUCCAUGUAUUGAUUGGUUUUGGUGCUCUCUGAACUUGCUUAUGUCUUGGAUGUUCAUGACACAUAACAAAUAAACGUUCUUGCCUGUAAACAAGAUAACAUGACCUACACCGUCUCUUUA